AAUUCUUUUUUGGAACAUUGAUUAUUUGUUUAUUUAAAUUCCAAAAAUUAAGAGCCAAAGCAAGGCAAUCUACAAAAAGGACACGUAAAGUUGUUACUUACCAUACAAACAACAAAAGCGGAAAAAGUAGAAAUUCACCAAACAAUAAACUUAAGUCGACGUGUAACCCUUACUCCCACCCGAUUCUCUCCUUUACAUAAGCCAGCAAAAAUACAUAUUAUCAAAACAAGCAAAAACAAACCCCACAUCUCUCCUAACUUUUCUUUGUUUCCUUCAAGAAUCUGAAUCUGCCAUACUUUUGUGCAACCAUGAAGAACAUCGAAGAUACGACCUCUACAAUGGCCCACCCGACCAGUCCAUCUCAACCUCCUUCCGACGAAACCCAACAAGAUUCCACUUUACCCCACGAAGCUUCUUCGGUUUUCGUCAAGCAAGAUCAAACUUUGCCCGAAGAGAAACCAAAACAGAAUCAAGAAGAGGAGAGGAUGGACACUGGAAGAGAGAAGCUAAAGAAGCACCGGAGAGAGAUCGCCGGAAGAGUUUGGAUACCGGAGACAUGGGGGCAAGAAGAGCUUCUUAAGGAUUGGAUUGACUGUUCGACGUUUGAUACGUAUCUAGUCCCUACCGGAAUCUCGUCUGCACGUGCGGCUCUUGUAGAAGAAGCUAGGAGAGCUGCUUCAGCUUCUGGUGGGAUACAUAACCGUUGCUAAAUCAUACGCUAAAUUUUUAUAUAAUAACAUACAUAUAUAUAUAUAUAUAUAUAUAUAUGUGUGGUUCUUGCUCCUCGAUAA